CUUUUUGGUUGGCCGAUAAUACUUUCAAAGGGCUGGGUUUCCAAUGAUUAUGCUAUGGGCCAGAUGGGAAGCGCAUUUGGUACUACUUUAGCAUCCCAACACUGCAUGUGUUAGUACAUACUAGUCCAGAUGGAGAGCUCACGACAGGAAGCUUUCAGAAAGCUUCGGGAGCCGUGUGUUGAAUUAAGCUCUAUUGGGCUCAAGUUUCGUGGCCACCAGGCGACCCCCACUGAUGUCCUGAAAGCACUUGGUGCGGUACAUAAAGUCUUGGAUGAACUGGCUGGGAAAGAUCUGUUGGACGAGAAGCUCGCUGAAUACGCAUUUUUCCCUCUAGCCCAUAUAUUUAACGAGUCUAAGAGAGCUCCGGUUAAUGUCCUGGAAUUGGCUGUCAAUUGCCUCCGCAUUCUCGUUGCUGAAGGAUGGAAGGCACGUCUGUCUCCCCAAAUGGGGAAGCAACUGAUAAUCCUUUUGACUUUAAUCGUCGGCGGCACGCCGGGUAAUGUUUCUGCGGGCCAAAUUUGUCGUCAGAAGUCCAUCGAGUUGGAGAUUGCUGGAUUCUCUUGCCUUUCAGCGAUCUUCGAUGUACUGACUGGGCCCACUGCGGAAGCGACAAUCUUCCACGAGAUUGGUACCGCAACAGUUGUUGACCAAACUGUGUAUAUAUUACUCGAGGCAAUUUCAGGGGAUAGUUCGGAUGAGCUUUGUGUCUCUGCUGCUCAAGCGCUUCAGGCUCUUUAUCGUCGUGUUACCGACCGGGUUGUCCUUGCCAGCAUAAUGCCUCGGACUGUUUCCGCCUUGACUAAAGUGCUAAAACCAACUACUCAAGUCCGACGCUCAUAUAAACUGAUAAGUAUAUGCUUGGAUAUACUUAACGAGAUGUUGAGAAUGGUUCUAAACGACCGGGACAAUGCACAUCUUCCAGAGAAAGCUACCCAACCCCAGAAAGCUGAUGAGCGGCUUGUGCUUGAUGAGUCCUGGUUGAAAGCUACGGCUACUCAGAUUAAGCUCGCCCUUACGAAUGUCAUUCAACUCAGGCGCCAUGAACGACUGGAGGUUCAAGGGGCUCUUUUGAAACUAUGCAUUAUGGUCGUAGAGGAAUGCCGCACUACCUUGCAGGAUUCAAUACCUAUUUUGAUUGAGACAGUGGUAGUAUUGGCGGACCUUGAUGAAAACCAGAUACCGAAUAAUGCGUACUCGUCCCUUAAAUAUUUAGCAACUACCUACCCAGUAGUGCUGGAUUCUCUCAAAACUUCUCUCCAUACCUGGCUGAUGGCCUUCCCAAGGACGAUGCAAAAUAAUGAUGAAAUGGCAAAACAAUGGGCAAUAAAGCAAAUAUCAACUGUCUUUCAGAUGCUGUCAGGGAUUCAGUCCGGCUCCGACCUUCUCACCAGUAACCUGACGGCUGGACUAUGUGACAGUGUUGCUGUCAUUGUCAACCACGCGACCAGCACUCUCCAGCCACUAAACUCAGAUCCGACUAAUGACCAAACUAUGGAGGCUCUUCAUUCUGGAAACAAGUCUGUUUCAUUUUCACCAGUGCUUUUGGACCAUAGAAGUCAGCAGCAGACUCUGAAAGAUCUCGAGAUUAUGAUCACAAAACUGAACACCUCUGAACCAGGAAGUGAUAUUACGCGUUUGCUCAUCAACAGACUCCAUCAGGAGCGAGGAAAUUCGAUUAUUGCCCCUUUGUGGUUGGCUAUGGCAUUUCUUAAAAGUAGCUCGCAGUUUACGAGCACCUUCGACGACUUUAUUUCUUUGGACCAGCUUGAGCCUUCACGUCCAUACUCCACGAGGAGUAAUAUGGUAGAGGAGCUUUACUAUGUGUCAUUGCCGAUUUUGAAUGAACCGAUGCCAGAUGAGUCUAGAGAUUGGAGGAUCUCAGCGCUUGCCUUGGAAGCUAUUGCGCUCCAGGCCGGUGAGCUUCGGGAAGCAUUUCGCCCUGAGUUGAUGGAUGCCUUGUAUCCUGUUCUCCAGCUGUUAGCAUCCAGCAACCCUAGCGUUCAGAAACAUGCCAUGGCGUGUCUUAAUAUUCUCACACAAGCGUGCAAUUACAAGGACACUGGUACUAUGAUCAUCGAGAAUGUUGAUUACCUUGUGAAUUCCGUCGCAUUGAAGCUAAACACUUUCGAUGUGUCGCCCUAUCCGCCCCAAGUUCUUUUGAUGAUGGUCAAAUUGUGCGGUGCGCCAUUAGUUCCUUAUCUGGAUGACCUAGUAGACUCGAUUUUCGGAAUCCUAGACCUGUAUCACGGAUACCCGAAACUAGUCGAACUGAUGUUCAAGACGUUAGCGGCUAUAGUGGAGGAGAGCACAAAGAACCCGUCCCUCCUGGCAAUUGAAUAUGGAGAAGAUGGAAAAGCUUCUGAUCACCUUAAAAAGAAGUAUGAACGUCUGCAGAUUUCAACGCUUGCGGAAGAUCUCGCACGUCGAAAGGCAAAGCGUGUAGAGUAUUCAUCUUUGAUAGAGGAAGAUGAAAAGGUGUCGCAUCCGACUCGGCCUUGGGUCGAAGAACGACAGAAGAAAGAGCAAGAUAUCGAAGUCCCUGAAGACCCUCUUGCAGAUUUAUUCGGUAAAGAUGAGUCGGAUGAGCCUUUACCGCCUCCUCGUGAACCUGAAGACGGCGAGAAACCUUUGAGCAAACCACAUUCACUGCUUCUUCAUAUUGUGAAAUCUAUACCAUCUCAUUUAUCCUCACCGUCUCCAUACCUUCGUCGAUCCUUGCUUUCGAUUCUGGCCAAUGUUCUGCCCGUCCUUGCAGCCGAUGGGAACAGCUUCUUGCCGCUUUUAAAUGACUUGUGGCCGGCUGUGGUGUCUAGAAUCAGCUUCCCUUCGUCAUUUGGUCCAUCAUCAUCUUCAGCUGCUCUUAUUCGGGGUGAUACCUCUAGUAAUAUGACUGACCAUUCCAAAAAUGGAAUUUACGAAUUCAAUUCCCAGGAAGAGACAUUCGUCACUACGACAGCAUGCAAAGCCGUCGAGCUUAUGGCCCAGAAUGCGGGCGAUUUCAUGGCAUCCAGAGUUGAAAACGAGUUUCCACGCUGGGAGCGAUUGUAUAAUCGGGCCUGGGAGAAAGUUCGCCAAGAUGCAGACAAAGUUGUUGAAAGACGAAACCAACAUGCGAAAAAUAUUACCCUCCGUAGCGAAAUGGGAGAAGGAACGCCGGAGACAUCCUUCACAACAGAAUUCAUCCAAUCCUUAUCCCUUACAAAAGCUGGUUCUGCCUCUGGGUCGCGCGCAUUCACACCCCACCAUAACCUCUGGAGAGCUUUCAUCUCGUUGUUUCUGACCCUCCUCACGCACGUCCGCCUCCCCUUAUCUGUAGGUGAUAGAAUAUGUGAACUUCUCGGGGAGUGGAUAUCUCGAUAUGCAGGAGCAACAUCCUACUUUUCCCAGUUGGAGACCUUGCCAGAAGACACAAAACAGAUCGUGGAACAGGAUACGCGAUCGGAAGCCGAAUCAGUUCAGAACGUCCUCCGGGCUAUGGAGACCUGGAAUCCUGAUUUAACGUGGUUCAUCUUCCAGGAACAGAAGAUUCGCUUUCUUGAUUCUAUGGCAGGCACACAGGAGAACAGAACAUCAGGACGGCAUCUGAAUCGUCAUGGCGCUUUAACAUCAUUGAGUUUCGCUGGGGGGAAGCUCGGUUUUGCGGAGAUGGUUUUCUAGAGAGGGUAUAUUUAGGAUGGGUAGGUAAUAAAACCUAUAUGUACUUACUGUAUAUACUCCAUGAAGACGAAUAUCAUUGAUGAAGGUCGGUGUACCUACUUGAAAC